UUUGUCAUUCAUCGUGGAGAAGUUGGACCUUAUAUUCAAGAACUUACAACUGAUUUCCGAAAAGUGAUGGAGCCAUUCACUGCAUCAUCUCUCCAUGUGCGGAAGAGUAAUCGGGUGAAAGAUUUUGCAUCUGUGGCAGCUCCUCUUCAUGUCACGCAUUUAUGUAUGUUCACAAAUUCAAAAGAAAAAGGACCAAAUCUCCGGAUAGCCCACUUACCCCAAGGGCCAACUCUCACCUUUAAAAUAAAUAAAUACACCUUUGCUAGGAACGUUCUGUCAUCUCUCACCAAACCAAAUAUUUGUGAGAAAAUGUAUGCUCACUCCCCACUUAUAGUCUUAAAUAACUUUGUGGGAGAGGGACUUCAUAUCAAGUUGAUGGCAACGAUGUUUCAAAAUAUGUUCCCAGCUUUAAAUAUUUCCAAGGUAAAUCUGAAAGAAAUUCAAAGGUGUGUUUUAAUAAAUUAUGACCCUAACACGGAAACAAUUGAGUUUCGCCACUAUGCUAUUAAAGUGGUCCCGGUCGGAUUAGCUAAAGGAGUAAAAAAAUUGGUGCAGAAUAAAAUUCCUAAUUUAGCAAAAAUGGAGGAUAUUUCUGAAUUAAUAACCAAGCCCAGUCAACUAUCUGAAAGUGAAUUUGAAGAUGAUCCAAACAGUCAUGUUUCCUUACCUGAACAUUCAUCUUUCCGUGGUGGCAAUGUUGGCAAUAAAACCUCAUCUAUUCGAUUGUCAGAACUUGGACCAAGAAUAACCUUCCAGCUUGUAAAAGUUGAAGCUGGUUUGUUAACGGGUGAAGUUCUGUACCAUCGAUUUGUUUCUAAAUCAGAAGAGGAGAAAGAAAGAAUUCGACAGCAGCUACAGCUCAAAAAGGAGUUGAAAGCCAGAAGAAGAGCAGAACAAGAGGCCCAUGUUU